AUGAGAGGAGUCUGGGCGCCUGACGGCCGCUGCUGCACAACUGGCGGCCGGCUGGGGCUGGGGAUCCGACAGGAGAGAGGCGGGCACGGGCCUGGUUCUCAUCACCCGCGGCGGGCGGCGAGGGGCGGGCGCCGCACAAAGGGGCCACUGUCGUCCCGCCCGGCCCACGCGGGGAGCGGUGGGGACGCCCGGCUUCGCCCCGCCCUCGGGCCGCCCCUCGCCCGGGGCCGCGCCGCCGCCCGCCCUCCGUCUCGCUCUCGAGUCUUCAGUCCCGGUCCCCGCUCCUCUCUCGGCCUGUCCUUGCCCCUGUCACUGUCCCUGUCCCGGGCCCGGCGGCCCCUCGGAGAUGAAAACGGGCUCGGAGCCCCGGGCCUGCCCGCGGCACUCGCUCAAGGGCUAGGCGAGGUUCCGCUGGUGCCGGACAAACCGACCGUAGCUGCACUGAUCCGCGCGCAGGAGAGGAGCUGCCACCGCACCCCGUCACCAUGUCCCGCAGGCGAGGGGAGGAGAGGGGUGCGGGAGGCCACCUCGGCCGUGCCCUGGUGUCCUGUCUGGGCCUCUCUCGAGUCCCCAUCCCUGGACGCAGCCAUCCAGCAUGUCCUCGCAGGCCUCUAUCCUCCCUUUGAGGCCACAGUGCCCACCAUCCUGGGUCAGGUGUUCCGGCUCCUGGACUCUGACUUCAGGGGAGACGGGCUGAGCUUCCUCCUGGAUUUCCUGAUCCCUGCCAAGCGCCUCUGUGAGCAAGUGAGAGAAGCAGCCUGUGCCCGAUUCUCCCACUGUGUCUUUCUGCAUGAGGGCUGGCCACUCUGUCUGCAGGACGAGGUGGUGGUCCACCUGGCACCGCUCAAUCCCCUCUUACUGCGCCAGGGUGACUUCUACCUCCAAGUUGAGCGCCGCAAGGAACAGUCUGUCUGCCUGAUGAUCAAAUGCCUGUCCUUGGACCUCCGCACCGUGGACAAGAAGCUGGUCCCCGAGCUAUCCUACUCUCACCUUUUCACCCAUGAGUGGCUAGAGUCUUUUAAUAGCAGCUCUGAGGGGAGCCCCUUACACAACUGCCUAGUGGCUUCAACAAAUGGGGUUAUCUCUGUGCCCUGGACCAAGAUCAUCAGCCCAGCAUUUAUAGAUGGUAGAACCCAAACAGUAAAUGCCCCCUCCCCAGCUGGGGGCUCCCUUCAACUAAAGUCACUCCAUUUGAGCAGCCCCCAAAAGCUGUACCAGACCAACUCCCUGGGCAGCCAGGUGUUUUUGGCUCAGAGUUUGGCCACAGGUAAGAACAGGACAUCUGGGGACAAGUAUCCAGGACUCAUCAAGAUGGAGCAAGUCAGACCCGGGGAGGUGGCCUUCAGGAUGGAGGAUGUGAUCAGGCAGGGCUCGGCGGGAGACUAUGUGACUGUCCUGAGCUUUACCAGAGACAGAAGAGAGGAGUCUCCCAGCAGGGAGGUGGCGACAUUGAGCGGGUGUACUUUGGGGACACGGAAGGAACCAUCUGGAACUAAAGAGAUUCCUAUGUCUCAAAGGAUACUGCCUCUUGAGGGACCCCGAGGGGGGCGUUCCUUGGAAAACCAGACCCCAACUAAGCCAGCAAGCUCAGAAAAGGGGCCCUGUGUUUCAAGCUCAAGGAGGAAGGCCAGGCAUAAAACACCUGCACACAAUGCACAGCGACAGCCCCAAGACCCCCACCUUGGUGUCCUUGACCGACCACUGGACCGUGCCUCUGCCCCUGGGGCAGGCAUCACAGAAGAGCCAGCUGCUUCCAAGAAGCAAGUACCUCUGGGAAACCCAGAGACCAUGGUCCAGCUCAGGCCUGGGCCUAGACAGGCAUCUUCUCCCCGCCUGUCCCUGGCUUCCCCAGCCGCUGAAUCAAAGGUGGAGAAAAGCAAGCAGGAAAUUGCUAAGCCUGUAGCCCGUGCUAGCAGGAACAUCUCUUCCUCCUCCAGGUCCCCGACUCCUGGGCUGAAAUUCUCCUUCUUGAAAGGACAGAGGCCAUCCCUGGUGACCCUCGAGAAGGCUACGAUCCAACAUGAGAGGCCUUGGAAAGCCCUGUGCUCGCUCUACUCUCCCAAGCUCCCCAGAGCCAAGUCCCUGGGGAAAGCUAGAACAACUCAGACCAGCACCUCUGACCCUGCCACUGAGUCAGGCCCUCUGACCAGGGUACAGGCUGGCAUCUCAGACACUUCAGAUUACCCCGAAAGAAGCCAUACCCAAGAGGAGAAGCUCCCAGGGCCUGCGCCCAGGAUGGGAGCUCUGGGUGCGGAGCUGCUCCACUCCAGGACAGCCUGCCUUCCAGGUGGUCGGGACAGGGUGGGGCGGCCCCUGCUCCUUGUGUCAACCACAGCAGGGGCCUGGGAGGCGCCAUGGUGCACAGCCUCAGAGGUCACCCAGCUGCUUCUCUACCUGUGCACCAUCCCCAGGCCAGAAGAUAAAGCCAAGGGGCUGGUGGUGGUGAUGGAUGCCAGGAAACAGCCCCCACAGCCUGGUCUGCUCAGUGCUCUACAAGCCACGCAGGCUCUGGUCCCUGCCUUCCGAGUGCUGCUCUUCCUGGGGAAGAAGGAGGCCGCUGUCCAGCUGCAGGAGCUACCUGCCAUCCAGGUGGAGGUUCUGACCUCAUUGAAGGCCCUCAGCCACCAUGUGGACCCCAGCCAGCUCCCCGAAGCCCUGGAAGGCCCCUUCCCCUACUGCCACAGCGAGUGGGUGCAAUUCUUCCAGAAGCUGGACCCAUUCCUGGCUGACCUUCGCCAGGCCUCCUCCCUGCUUCAGGCUUCCAUCAAGGAGCUGGAGAAAGGCGAGCCCCCCGGAGGGAUGCAGGAGGCCGCCAGGUGCUUGAGCAAGUCCAAGGAGCUGAUGGAGGCUGUGCUGAGGGACCCGGGCCUCCUGGGCCUCCAGCGGGAAGGUGGAGCCAUCCUGGCCAGGCUGCAGUGCAAGGCCAGCAGGCUGGACUCCAACCCUGAUGUCAGGAGCCAUCUGGAUGAAGCCGCCACCCUGUACAGCCUGGUGGACGAGCAGCUUCACGUCCUGGUCACUGCGUCCAACCACCUCCUGGGGAGGCUGGAGCUUCGAGUGCGCCUGGGCCACCUGGAAGCCGCCAUCCACCAGGUCAGUAGCUGGAUGGAGCGGGAAGGAAGCCAAUGUCUGCAGGCGCUCACCCCCAAGAUCAGCUGCACAGAGACCGUGCAGAGAGCCCACAAAGAGUUCGAGGACUUCUUUCUGCAGGCUGCGGCCCAGUACCGCAAGGGCCUGGACCUGUCCAAGCAGGCGGCCCAGCUGGGAGCUGCAGCUGGAGGUGGGGGCGAGGCUGGAGGGCCCGUGUGCCCAGAGCUUGUGGCCUUCGCGUCCACACAGCGGGCCUUCCAGGCGAAGCUGACCCACUUCUACAUGGCGGCGGAGCGGCAGCGCACAGACCUGGAGACCCUGCUCCACCUGCACCGCUUCUGCAAGAAGAUGACCUGGUUCCACUUGGACUGUCAGGAUCUGAUGGCCCAGCUCAGGCUGGGCAAGGCCCAGAAGGCCAGCCCUGGGGAUCAGUGCCGCCUCCACCGCUACCUGCGGCGCCUGGAGACCGAGUUCCCUGCCGAAAAGCUCACGGCCAUGAGGCUGCAGGUGGCCUCCCUGAGCCGGACCGGCCUGGGCCAGGACCUGUGGGAGGAGGCCCGGGUACAACACGAGGAGAUCCAUAGCCUCUUGAGGAAAGCGCUGGCCCACUGCCCGUGCCCAGCGGCUCCUGCAGCCCACUGGGCAAACCCAGAGUUAACAGGGCCAGCGGCCAAGGGCCGGGGUCUGACUGGGGAAGUCAGUCCCAAGGGGAAGUGGGAACUGCCCCUGCAGGACUCACUGGGUGUGGAGCCUUUGCCAAAAUCCUGCUGGCCUCCUCCAGUCACCAGAGGGGGACAGAGCCCUCUGCCUGAGGAGGCUGGUCACACAGAGGAGGCUGAUAAAGGCCAAGGCAUCCAUGAGCCCACCAAGCCUGCUCCCGACCCUCUUCUCAUCACCCUCUUCUCCCAGCAGGAGCCCCCCACACAGAGCCAGGUCCCCCACCCCAUGGGGGACAGCUUCUCCUCAGAAGGAACAGACUCACAGAUGUCCCUGGAGGACUCACCCCAGACAAGUCCACCUGCAUCUCUGUAG